GCCCGGAGUCAUUUAGGAGUCGUACACACAACAAUGGCAACAUGCUCGAAUGGUAGCGACGCUGGAGGCGAAAUAAACGAUCCCGGCGCAGCUCCGUAUGGCAACUUUAUAAACUACUACACCUUCAAUCCUCCGGAGAAUCGUUUGAGCCUGAUUCCAGCGACACUGCUUCAUGAUCUGGGUUAUAGCGACGAGCGUCAGACCACGCUGAUCCUGGACGUAGGAUGUAAUUCAGGGGAACUGAGUGUUGCCCUUUACCAGCAUCUGGUGCAAGAGUCUGUGCAAGAACAAGACCCAGAUGGGAGGAAAGUUCAUCUCCUUGGCUUCGACUUGGAUGAAGCCCUGAUUGAGCGGGCGCAGCAGACCAACCCUCUGCACAACCUCACCUUCAUUCCUCUGGACAUCACUGAGGACACGACGCAGCUGCAGGACUACCUGGACGAGCACGGCUCCCCCCACUUCCACCUGUGUCUCUGCCUGGCUGUCACAAUGUGGGUCCACCUAAACCACGGAGACUCUGGCCUGUUGCAGCUGCUCUCUCGUCUGGCCUCCAUCAGCCAGCACCUCCUGCUGGAGGCCCAGCCCUGGAAGUGCUACCGCUCUGCGGCCCGGCGGCUGAGGAAGCUGGGCCGCUCAGACUUCGACCACUUUAAGGUCCUGAAGAUCCGAGGGGACAUAGCAGAGCAUGCCAGGGAGCACCUAGAGAGACACUGUGGCAUGGAGCUCAUCCAGAGCUUUGGCAGCACCGCAUGGGACCGAAAGCUGCUGCUCUUCAGAAGGAGACAAGACUUAAGUGACAAUAUUCAGAAACAAAGAGACCAGAAUUAGAAUGACUGACCUCAGCUCUGCAGAUUUUUUUCUUGGAAAUGACGGAAUAUCUUUGUGUUUUCAUAAUGAUGGGGAACGAGGAAACUGAAAUCACUGAAGACAUUUUGCAAAUUAUCUAUUGUUCUAUUCUGAUAAUAGCUGAUGGUCAGAGUGUAAACGUGAAGAUUAUCCGUCUCCGAGGUCAUGACAUAUUACACAAACAAAGUCAACUGGACUUGUUUGAAGAUGUUUCACCACUCCAGGUUUUAGUGGAAGCAUCUUUGGGUGGUUCACACUUUUAACUCACAUGGGUUUAGGGGCGGUGUUUACCGCCACUUUCAACAAAGGCUAAAAAGCCCAAAACUAUGCUUAAAAAAAAAAAAAAACAACCUCACAUGUGUUUGUAUAUGAUUAGAUGAAUCUGUUGAGAUUAUUCUGGGUGGUAUUAUCUUAACACUACAGAAACUCCCGACUCAACUUGGGGACUGCAACUUUUUGGGAACAUAUGUUCGUUGUAACUGGUUGAUAAACUGUACAAGAUGUAUUGAAGUUAUUGCUAAUUUGACUAAUUAACAGUUUAAAAGUUGCAGCACAUUAAAUGUUUGUGUUUAUCAUCUGCCUCAGCAGCCAAGUCGUUUAAUUGACGCUUAAAUGUUUAUCUUUAUUACCCUGCAGAUGAAAAUUGUAAAAAUGUCUUGUGUAUCAGCUGAAUGAACACCAUAAUGAAAAGUGUAGGCACAACAUUGUAAUUUUCAUCAUUUUAAUUACAGAAUACUAAAAAUAACAUUACAUAAAAGGUCUUUUUAAAAGAAACCAUUGAAUAUUACAAAGGUUGUAAAUUUUGUAAAGUUAGGAUAUAAAAUCUUUGAACAGUGGUGCAUAAUUGAAAAAGAAAAAUAAUUUUCAUAAAAUGUAUAUAUUAACUGUUCUACUACAUAAAAAAUGAGAUGGACACAAAUUGAAGACAGACGAGAUGAGUAGACACCGCCAUUACCGCAGCGAGCUCUCCUUUCGAAGGAAGAAAGACUUGAGAUGCACAGCACACACCACAAUCAGCUUAAGUUCAUGUUCAAAAAAUAAAAUAAAAAUAAAAGGGGUUAUCAUUUACAACAGGAGGGAGACAAACAAGCUCAAGAGACUUUUAAGAAAAAAAAAAAAGUGACUUGGUGGCUGCUCCCAAUAUUCACACACAUCUCGACUAAACUGGCCUUGGUUCCAAUAACACAUACCUUUUUCCACAGGUUUGAGCUGUACAAAGAUUUGCAACAUCUUGAGAAACCUCAUACUUUAAUCAUUCCACCGAGACAGGGAAAUAAUUAUCAGAUGUCUUUCAUUCUCCUAACGUAUCGAUUCCUACAUCCUACUGUACAACUGGUCAGUCAGAUCCACUGAAAGCAACCAUGGUCAUAAUUCAUUUACCAGGAGGUCAACCGUGAGCAGGUGGAAUAGACUAUACACAAAGGGGGUGGGGUGGGGUGAGGGGGGGUACAUGCAUAAUCCAACAGUGUGCUUUCUUUCUUUCUUUCUUUCUUUGUUUCUCUUCUCUCCCAGUUUUGCAUCACCCUGCGUGGAGUUCACCAUGAGCCCUUGUUGAUGAUGUUUUUUUCGUCAACACCACAGAAUCACUGCCUGAGGACAUUCAGAGCCUGUGUGAACUGCAGGCGUCCCUCUCUACACAUGUGACUCACUGGCCAGUCACAUCCAAACAGAGGUAUUUCAUUCGUCUCCGUCCAUUCGGGAGACGUGCUGUGUCACAUUUUUUGGUUAACGGGACACUGAGUGAGGGGGGAAGCAAUCAACAGUUCAUUAUGUUGUUCUGUUUAAAAAAAAAAAAAAAAAAAAGGAAAAAAAAAGUCAACAGAUAUGGUGUUAAUUACGCUGAGUGGCAGAAUCGCUGUUCCUUCUGUGCAGUAGUAGUGGUUUCAGGUUUCAGCGGCCCGUGAAGACCGGGUGAGAGGAGGGAAGGGAGAGAAGGGAACAGACAAAAAAAACCCGGAGGACACCUCAGAAGACGAGAGACGUCUGAGACGACAGGCAUUCGAGAGGAAAUGAGGCGAGAGACCCCCAGCAGAGCUACUUGGUUUGGCUGGUCUGUUGCUCUGGAGCUUUUUUUUUUUUUUUUUUUUUUCACCAGGGAUCCAGGAGCUGCUGCUUAUCACGUAAGCUAAUAAUGCUGUUUAGGUUCAGAUGAGUCCCCCUGAGUUAGUGCACACGUCAGAGCCAGGCAGGACGCGCCCGCUUGUUCGUUAAGAAAUCCACAAAAGAAGAAGAA